AUGUCUAUGCUGCUAUUGAUGCUGCUGCAGCUUAUGGGAGCUGUCAGAGAUGUACAUGCCCAUCAACGAAGGCAGAGUGAGAAACCGAAUAUUGUAAUAAUUCUUAUUGAUGAUAUGGGCUUCAAUGAUGUCAGCUUCCAUGGUUCCGAUCAGUUUCUAACACCCAACAUUGAUGCCCUGGCCUAUAAUGGCAUCAUACUCAAUAAACACUAUGUACCGAGUUUGUGUACCCCCUCCAGAGCUUCACUUUUGACGGGGAAAUAUCCCAUACACACGGGCACCCAACACUUUGUCAUCAUCAAUGACGAACCCUGGGGUUUACCACUUGACGAACAUUUGAUGCCCGAGAUAUUUCGCGAUGCUGGCUAUUCUACAAAUUUGGUGGGUAAAUGGCAUUUGGGUUUCUAUGAUCGGGAAAUGACACCGCUGUAUCGAGGUUUUGAUCAUCACUACGGGUAUUAUUCGGGUUAUAUUGGUUAUUUUGAUCACACAAUGAAGAUUGUGCAAAGAAAUAUUUCCGGUCUGGAUUUGCGCAAUGAUUUGGACCCUAUGCCUGAGGUAAAUGGUAUCUAUGCCACAGAUCUAUUUACCCAAGAAGCUGUUCGUAUAAUCGAUGAACAUGAUACAGAUCGCCCGCUGUUUUUGCUUAUGAGUCAUUUGGCUGUCCACACAGGGAAUGAAGAUAAUCCCAUGGAAGUAUUGGAGGAGGAUUUGGAGAAAUUUCAAUAUAUUUCGGAUCCCAAGAGAAGGGCUUAUGCAGCCAUGGUUUCCCGUUUGGAUCAAAGUGUGGGCCAGACUGUAACCGCUCUCAAGGACAAGGGUAUAUUGAAUAACACGAUAAUUCUCCUGUAUUCCGAUAAUGGUGCCCCUACGGUGGGUAUUCACUCAAAUUCUGGUUCCAAUUAUCCAUUUAGGGGGCAAAAAGAAUCACCCUGGGAGGGUGGUGUACGUUCCGCCGGUGCCAUAUGGAGUCCCAUGCUGAGGAGGAAAAAUUAUGUCUCAAAUCAAGUGGCCCAUGCCAUAGAUUGGUUACCCACCUUGGCCGCGGCAGCUGGCGUAGCCGUACCAAAACAUCUGCAAUUGGAUGGGGUGAAUCUAUGGCCCUCACUGAGCGAAGCCUUGGAUCCUCAACCUCGCAGCUUAAUUCACGUUUUGGAUACCAUAUUCGGCUAUAGUUCAUAUAUGCGUGGCAAUUUAAAGUAUGUUAAUGGUUCCUCAUUUGCCGGGCAAUAUGAUACCUGGCUGGGUGAUAUUGACUUCAAUGAAAUCCACCCGUUGGCAAAGACCUAUGCUCAAGAGGUGUUAUCGUCACCGGUACAUAAGGCUCUGGGAAGUACGCAACUUGGUGUAGACCUCAUUAAUAGAUUACGGAGAGAGGCAACUCAUACUUGUCCCACGAACUCCGAAGAUUAUGAACAGGAAAUUUAUAAAUGUGAACCCUUGCGGGCGCCAUGUUUCUUUAAUUUGGAGAAGGAUCCCUGCGAACGUUAUAAUUUGGCAAAUCUUUAUCCUCUGCAAGUGCAAUUCCUUUCCCAAGAAGUUAAGGUACUGAAACGUCAAGCACGUACCUCGGCUAGGGUACCAUAUUCCGAUCCUCUUUCAAAUCCGGAGCGUUUUGGUGGUGUCUGGCAAUGGUGGAAGGGUACCGAAAAUUAUGGCUAUGUGGAGUCUAAAGGCAUUUCCCUGGGGAAUUUGUAG